AUUGCGUGAAGUUGUGUUUUCACCACAGGACGUAAUUUCGGCCGUGUGUAUAGUGACUGUGGAUUGUUUUGGAUUUCUUUUCACGAAUGUAACUGCCGUAAACUUAAGAUGCAUGCAGAAUUCUUUCGUUAAAUGUGCAUAUCCGAAGAAGGUGAGGCCAAAGGCGGGACGCUGUUUUCUAUAUCCCGCCGGGUGCCGUCGCCAAAGUUUCAGAAGAAUGUGACUGUGUGAAGUGCUCAUACGUUUCGUGUGCUAUAGGCUAGACCUGAGUUUAUUUCAGAGUGAGAGUGUAUUACUUUCGUUUUAUAAACCCUCAUGAUGAAGGAUAACGAGGCGGUAUCGCAGGCGACGUGGGCCAAUUGGAUCUUGGAGGCAAUCCGAAAGAUCCGUAGCCAGAAACAAAGGCCGUCGGUAGAGAGAAUUUCCCAUGCAAUUAGGCAGCAUCAUAGUUAUCCGGAGGAAGUUAUUGCCGAAAAUUUAGAGCUCGCAGUUAAGGAGGGUACAGUGUUAAAAGUUUUUAACAAGGGCCAGAGUUCGUACAAAGAUCCUGGCGGAGUGCAGAACAGGCAGCUGCUUGUUACCAAAGGAACAGAUUUAACGAAAGUAGUGGUAAAAGCAACGAGAGAAUUAAAUGAAAGAGAGGGCUCUACGCUUAAAAGCAUUGAAAAGUACAUUCGCCAGUCUCAUGCCGUUAACAUUACGUCUGAUGAUGUAGACUUCCGUGCGUUAUUGCGCAUUUCAUUGAAGCGUGCCGUGGCUCGGGGACUUCUUUCGCAGGAUGGCAGAUUAUUUCGGCCUGCUACGUACGGUCCUGGUGGAAUUCCAAAACGUUAUGCUGACGGAUCGCCUCCCAAGCAGCGCAGGGCACCAAGUCCUGAACCAAAGCCUUCGGCGCCACUGCCGAUUUGUGGGGAAUGCUUGGGCACGGCGUCGCGCAACAAGAACGGCCGUGCGGAGGAACUGCGCAAGUGUGCCGGCUGCGGGAGCUCGGUGCACCUGUCGUGCCUGGCGCAAGAGCUGGCCACCGUGCUGUCGGCGGGCUCCACGUGGCACUGCGAAGAGUGCCGCACCUGCGCCGGCUGCGCCCAGCCCAAGGACCAGCUCUGCCUUGUGAGUUGCUGCUCUUGUGAGCGGAGCUAUCAUGCUGAGUGUUUGGACCCUCCUUCGGAGAGACGCCCAAAAAGCCCUUGGCGGUGUAGGCACUGCCUUGCUCAGCAACAGCAGCAGCAACCAGAACAAAAUCAGGAACAGCAAGUGCAGCACCACACUAUUAAGAAGCCACGCAAGAUUGAUGUUGCCAGCAGUGUUAUAAAGAAGUACUCCAAAGUCAGAGAAAAAACAAGAGACAUAAAAAAUUACAGGUUAUUGGCAGGUGUUCGGGCCACGAAAGAACCUGCUGCAAGUACUGCAACUCCCAGCAAGAAAGGAAAACGUGUAUCUGAUCAGUCUCCCGCUAACGACUCGAGCUCUGGCUCAGAGGAGGAUGAAGUUGUUCCUGAACCUAAGACACUUCCUCCAGGUGUUACACAGAAGGAUGUGACAUUAUACAAAGAAACUCGUGAAAGAGCAAAUUCGGCAACACCAGCGGUAUUACCUAAUGUGGAUGCACCAGCCACAUCUAGUGGAGUAGUUUCUCCUUCAACAGCAGCAGCCCAGCAGAGGUGCCCUGCUGCUAUUGAAUUUGGCCAGUACGAGAUACAGACCUGGUAUUCCUCACCGUACCCGCAGGAAUACGCCAGAUUACCAAAACUCUUCCUCUGUGAGUUUUGCCUUAAAUACACAAAGAGCAAGGCUGUGUUGGAAAGGCAUCAAGAUAAGUGUACUUGGAGACAUCCUCCAGCGACAGAAAUCUACCGUCACAAAGAUCUCUCUGUUUUUGAGGUGGAUGGAAAUGUGAACAAAAUCUACUGUCAAAACCUCUGUCUCUUGGCAAAGUUGUUCCUGGAUCACAAAACUCUUUACUAUGAUGUGGAGCCAUUUCUGUUUUAUGUGUUAACCAAAAACGACAAAAAGGGAUGCCACCUUGUAGGUUACUUCUCAAAGGAAAAGCAUUGUCAGCAGAAGUACAAUGUAUCGUGCAUAAUGACAAUGCCACAGUACCAAAGGCAAGGCUAUGGAAGAUUCCUCAUCCAUUUUAGUUACCUCCUGUCAAAGCAAGAGGGUCAACCUGGCACUCCAGAAAAACCAUUGUCAGAUUUGGGUCGUGUCUCUUACCAUGCGUACUGGAAGUCAAUAGUACUGGAGUAUCUGGAUCAACAUCGUAAUGAGCCAUUUUCUGUAGAUGCUGUUUGCCAGGAAACGGGAGUUUAUAGUCACGACGUGGCAGCAACUCUACAAAUGCUUGGGAUGGUCAGACGCUGUCCUGAUGGCCGUCUCAUACUUGCUAUUGACUGGGCUCAAGUUGAUGCCCACGCAUCACGUGUUCGUGCCUCCCGUACCCGCAUACCUCUGGAUCCAGAGUGCCUUCGGUGGACUCCUCUUGUUGCAACAGUUCCCACCAGGGAUGAUGACAAAGAGGAUGAUACAGAAUCUAAAGGGGAGAACAAUGACAGUCAGGAGGACAUAGCCAAAAGUGAGAAUGAAGAGGCUAUUGAGAAGAACACAGUUGUUGCAGAUAUGAAGGAACAGGAGACUUGUAAUCCACAGCAAAGUAAAGAUGAUAUGAAAACUAACGAAGUGAAAGAGGAGCUCCAACAGAGUCAAAGUCAGCGAGGCAGGAAACGGAAGACCCAAGUUCGCUUUAGCCCAAGCCCGACACCAGCUCCCACUCCAGUAACUACUACAUUAGAAACGAGUAACAGUGCCGAAAAUGAUAAUAUCAAUAAAACACCUAUUGUGCAGAAACGAAAAGUCGGAAGACCACCUAAAAAGAAGUUAAUAGUUGACACAGAAGUAAAAGUUCCUGAUGUUCGGCCGCAGCCAUUUCUCGAAGUACGAGCUGGGAAAAGAAAACGAUCAGGUUUUGAAGCAGUGACUGAUAAAAGUGGUUUAGAUGAAGAACCAGAUAGAAAAAAACUGAAAGUCGAGAAUGUUUUAAAGGCCAGCAGGCUAUUGGUUCUAAAGACAGAGACUGCUGCAACUGAGGAGGCUGCAAAAAGCCCACCUGCCAAGGCAAGCACCCAGACCCAUUCAGACAGUAGUUCUAAUAGAAAUAAAAGUAGUAGGCUGCUUGUUGAAGAAAGCCCUACAAAAUCUAGGUCAAAUGGUAGGCCAAAUCAGGUGGAAGAGAUUAUUCCUAAACAGAAAGCAAACACAAGACAGAAUUCAGGAGAUGAUUUACUUGUAAAGCAAAAAAGCUGUUCAAAAUUAAAUCAGGUUGCUGAACCUUCAGUAAAAGAAACUCACAGUUCAAAAUCACAGGAUGACUAUUCAAAAACAAAAACUCCUUGUAAACCUUCUACAACUGACGAGAGUACUUUAAAAGGAAAAUUCAGUGCAAGACUUAGUCAUAAAGAAGAAUUAUCUACAAAAUCAAAAUUAAAUAGCAGGAUCAAGACAGAUGUUUCUCAUGGCAAAGGCAAACUGGGCUUGAGGCAGCAACCUCAACAACCGAUAGGAAGGGCUGCUGGGGCUGCAUCUAUGAAGCUGAAGAGCAGACGGUCAGAGUUUGAUACACCGCUUCGAAAUCCUGGAAGGCGUAGAAUAUUAUCAGAAGAAACCAAGGAUGUGCAGAGUAAUACAGUUCCUCAGACACAGAAAGAAGAUAGACUGAGAAAGGAACCAAGUGAAACACCUCCAGGGCCAUUGCCGAGAGGUCGGAGAAAGUCACAAGCUCUACAAAAUUCUGUUGAAAAGGUGGAGCCAAAAAGAGAGAGAUGGUCACAGCGAAGGGAAAAGAGAAUGCGCCUAGAAGAAGCUUCAAAGAGCACCUCAGAAGAUGUUGAAGACUGUCCGAUGCCUGAAUUGAAACCUGAAGUCCAAUUGGAAGGUGUAGGAGUGUUAAGGGAAGCAGCAGUACCUCCUCCAUUGUCACCGCCCCCUCUGCACCAGCAGCUAAGUACUGAUCUCCCUGAGAGAACCAAGAGGGCUGUGCAUUCCGGUGAAAAGAAGAAACGAGGGUGGAAAAAAGGCCGGCCCCGCCGUAAUCAUGUACCAGAACCAAAGUCUCCCAAACCACCGAAGUUAAAGAAGAAGCGUUUAAUGAAGCGUUAUACUGGGGAGGCAUCAGUGACAUCAGUGAAGUUAAAUGAUUCUGAGAAGAAAAAUACAAAUGCUGUGAUAAUUUCUGAAUCUCAAGUUGAAGAAGGAAAAACUUGUGAAAAAGAAGAGAAUGUGGAUGCUAUAAAUAAAUCUGAAGUUCCAGAUACAGACCCUGAAGUUCCAGAACCUAAAGAACAAGAAUUGGAACGAAGUUCUGAAGAAGAUAAGGGAAACAUUACCAACAUUGUCAGUGAGGAGGAAAAGGCUGAUGAAGUUGAACCUGUGAAGGAUAUUGUUGAAGAGAAGGAACAGAGUGAAGCGCCUCUGUUGGAAGAAAAAACAGAGGAGGAAACACCAAAUCCCUCCCUUCAAAAGAAUGAAGAGGAAAGUGCGAAAGAGCUCUUGACAACAGUUGAAAAAGAGCCCCUAGUAGAGGAACAGAGAGAGAAUGUAAAAUCACCAAGUGUGGAGCUGGUUGAACAAGAUACUGAAAAGUUCUCAGCUCAAGAGUCCAAAGAUGAGCCUAAGCCUAGUGCAGAAAUUGAUGAACCACCACCUGUUCCUUGUUCAAAAUCGGCCUCUGAAGCUGAGAAAGAAGACGUAAUACUUAUUGAAACAAAUGAGGAGGAGGAAGAUAAAGAAACUGACAUGCAGCCUAUUCAGGUGAAGACAGAUCUAGAUGAAGUGGAUCUUACUAAAAGUGAUGAAAAACAUGAUGAUCAUUAUGAGGAGGGUGAUAAUGCAAGCAUCACAGAAAAUAAUGAUGCUGAUGCUGUUAUGUUAGUUGAAUGUAGUGAUAACAAGGAGAAUAUGAGUGAUAAAUCACAGGAUUGCUGCAGUGUUUCAGGUGCUCCCUCAAAAAAUGAACCUGUGGAAGGUAAUGAGCUGGAUGAUAGAAAUGAACCAUCACAUAAUGAAGCAAGUUCACAGGUUGAUACAUUAAAAGACGCUGAGAGCAAAACACCUGGUUCACCUCAAGCUGUUAUAAUAUUAGAGGAGAAAGAACUUAAUUCAAUGUCAACUCAGACGCAUUCCAGUUCACUUGGUAAUAUUAUGGAUGACAGUAGUGAUGGCUCCAAUUGUGGUACUGUUGAAGUCAGUCAGUCGUCGACCAUGCUCAGUAAUGAAAUGAGCCAACAAGACCAAGCUGACAGUGGUGCACCGUCCGGUGAUGAAAAACAGUCAUCACAACAGUGUGAAGUUGUUGAAAUACCUAGUGGCAAUACAACACCUCGUUUAGAUAAUAGUGUUGAGACCAUUCAACCAGCAACACCUCUUAAUCCGGGAUCUGUAAAACACACACCACCAACACCUUCGCAGCCGGAAAUACCUAGUAUGGGAGUCUAUACUCCAGAUUCAACAACAAACUCGGUGCAUUCUCUUCAUGGGUAUGGUCAGUGUGAUCUUGACGUCAGUCAGUUGGGGUUAGAAUCUCCUACUUCUAUAUCUUCAAAUGAUAUGACAGCACAGAACUCUGUUGAGACUCCAAGACCCCCUUCAGUUCUUCCUCAGACGACCAGUCACACAACACAAACGUCAUGCCAGCAGACAUAUUCUGAAUGUAUACAGCACCAGCCACAACAGCAAAUUCAACCAUCCCAACAACAACAGCAGCAGCAACAACAGCAGCAGCAGCAGCAGCAGCAACAACAACAACAGCAGCAGCAGCAGAUACAGCAGCAGCAACAACAACAACAACAGCAGCAGAUACAGCAACAUCAAACUCAGCAGCAGCAGCAGCAACAACCACCCUCUGCUCAGCAGCAGCAUCACCAUCAGCAGCAGCCACAGCAGCAGCAGCAGCAACAACAACAACAACAGCCGCAGCAGCACCAGCAACAGCAGCAGCCACCUCCACCCCAGCACAGUAUGCAACAGCUCCAUCACCAGCAACAGCAGCAGCAGCUAGUGCCUACUUCCUUAGGCCAGCAGCAACAUUUGGCAAUCCAUAUUCCCAUAUCACAACAUCAACAAACUCAGCAUGCUAUUCAGGUGCAGCAGCCUCAAGCUAAGACUCAGCGACAGAUGCAACAUCACCGCACUAAGUCCAGUACUGGCACACAGCAUAAACAUUCAAGCAAUCCAGUACAAACACAGAGGUCUACUCCACCAUCUGUGCAGCAGCAGACUCAACCACCACCACAACAGCAGCAGCAGCACAAUCCCACACUUCAGCAGCAGCAUGCAGCUCUCCAGCAACAACAAUCCAGGCAAAGAUCUACACCACCAUCAGUGCACCAUAUGGCAAGCACGUUAUCGCAAGCAGCUCAGCAACAGCCUCCACCACAGCAGUUAUCACUGCAAGCAAUUCAUCAAACAACUUACCACCCACAUCAUCACAACAUCAUAUCGUCCCAAGCGAACUACAUUAGUGUGCCACAAAUGGCAGUGAGUUCUCAGGCCUUCCAGCCAAGUGCAGCUGGUACUUUUGUAAGCAUGCCAAUGACAACAGUGAUCCAGCAUCGUGUUGCUGCAGCCCAGCAAGCUCCUGGAGUUGCUGCUCAUCGCACGGCUCCAGCCUGUUCCGUUACAGCUCCUGCUAAUUUCACUACAAAUUUCUAUGUGCAGACACCAGCUGCCCAUCCGCAUUCUCACACCCCUGCACCUGUUCCUGCACCCACACCUACACCUGCGCCAACUCCUGCACCAACACCCACACCACAGGCAGCCCCGCCAUCUGGUGGUGGGCAAGGUAAUGCUGCUUCUUCGUGUAGCCUUGCAAAGUUGCAGCAACUGACUAAUGGUCUGGAGGCUAUACCACAGAAUGCCUGUGGUACCAUGACUCCUCCUCCACCAGUUGACCUGACACCACCUCCUCCCGUCCCAUCUGCUCAUCAUCCACAUGCAGCCAUGACUCCACCACCUGCAGCGACUCACCAGAUGAUGCAACAGCAAGCUGUAAGGAAUCUGCCAACACCACCUGCUGCAGUUCCCAAUAUACAAACACAAAUGACACUUGCUGCUGCUAAUUAUUACAAGUACCACCAAUCUAAUGUGAAUGUGAGCAAUUUGGGGGCUGCUGUGGCACCACCUGUUGCAACAACUGGAGGUCGCACAUCUCGUACUCCUGCUGGCACUGGUGUCGCAACAGUGCAACAGAUGCAAGCUGCUCCUGCCAGAGUUAGUCCCAAUGUCACAAUAAAUCCUAAUUUGGUAGCAGCAGCUGGUUAUGGAACUUUAAAUGGUUAUCGAAUGACAGCUCAGCAGACACCUGGAACUGUUGCAGGUUAUAUAACAAAUACAGCAGCUGCAGGUUUUAUCAACCAGGCACAAAUUCCUAUGCAAAUGGGUGUGAUGAAUAUGGCUCAGACGCAGUAUCAGGAUCCUGCAGCUAUUCAGAGGGCUGCACAGCAAAAUACUAUGUACACUACAUAUGGCUAUAUAAAUGGCAGCAUAAUGCAGCCACUUAACGGGACUAUGCGUCGGUAGGACCAGUAGUUUGGCAUGGCAUUUUCAAGUUAAAUUUUGGUUUGAUUCUCAUUGCCAUGCACAACAUUUAAAAGGACAGUCAUGUAAAGUGAAAUUGUAAAUAAUGUAAUAUUGUUACACUGGUAUUGUACAUUGUAUUAUGUCCACAGCAGUAUGGAGUUGCCCUUCUGUAAUAUUUGAUCUCUCUCUCUCUCUCUCUCUCUCUCUCUCGUGUGUGUGUGUGUGUGUGUGUGUGUGUGUGUAAAACAUUUAAGUGUGCAGUGCAAUGCAUGGUAGCUGAUGUGCACUUACUGACAGUUACAUCAGACCUGUUUAUGUUAUUAAACACUUUACUCGUAUUCUUAAUGCUAAAGUGUUUUCUCCCACCCGCUCCUCUCCCCUUGUUAUAUCACUAAUUCUUGAAAUUCUCAUAUGCCUAAAAAUUAUUAUUUUGUCAGUACAUAACUCUUGAAUGAGACAGAUUGCAGCAAGUAUCACCAGAGAAUAAUUAUACUGGCUCAUAUUACAGUUUUAAUGUAAGUUUCAAUCAUUAAGAAUCAUAAUUGAGUCUAUUGUAUCGUCAUUUCAUUUCCAACAAAGGACGAUCAUUCCAGGCAGAGAUCUAGUAAAUAUCCUACCAAUACAGUAAGUGGCUACUGCUGUUCGUUCAGACAUCCAUUGUGUUUAAACUACUAGAAGAAAAAAAGUAAUAGAGAGAUCUGUUGUGGAAGGUUUUGUAGUGAAUACGUAUCCCAUUAUUAAUGUGAUAUUUUUGGUCCAAAUUGUAGAAAUUGUUAUACUCUAAUUUUGUAGCUUGAAAAAUCCUGCAUAUUUUGCAGUUUUCCAUAAAAAUAUUUUGAAUAUAAGAAACUCAAAAAUUGAAGAUAGUGACCAUUCGGUGAUACAGACUGGAACAGAGCAGGAGUCUAUUCCACAAAAUGACUGAAAUAGGUUAGAAAAUGUUGCUACAGUUUGCUUUAUAAUCAUAACUGGAAAAAACACAAACAGUUAUUUGUGAAGGGAAUUGUAGGCUAUUUCUUCCGUUUUUUAGUUCUUAGGUUAUAUUAUUACUGCCUUUUCGUUGGUGUAUACUGCACAAAAAAAUAGUAUAAUUACUGAAUUGCUACUCGUCUCUCCCCAAAGAAUGUCGCUUCUUUGUCUUGUUUUGCUUUCUGCCCUGAAUAUUUAUAUAGUUAACUUAAAAAUAGAAGAAUAAUUCUCAGGGUACGGCUAAUGUAUACAAAGGCUGUGACGAGCAUAUCGCGAUAGAAUUGUGCAUUAAGCAAAUGAUCCUGAGGACCUGUCAUGCAGUGUAGUUUUUGAACAGUGUGGAAACCUGUUCUAUCAAGAAGCAAACACAUUGUUUCUUUUGUGUUACAUUAAUACAGUUGUCAUUUAAGACUAAAUGAUCACAGUAAUUGCCUCAAGAGGAUUUCUUUUGUGCUGUUGUCAGUGUAAUCUGCCACCUCCUCCUCCCCCCCCCCCCCUCCACCCCUCUUGUGACCCACACUUUGACAAGGUUUGUUAUACGUAGACCACAUUAUAUUCUGUUGACAGCUUUCACGUAACUGAAGUUCCAAGUCGCCAGAAAGAUUCUUAUUGUCUUUGUAACAGUAAACAUUGUUGUAUAUGUUUCUUCAGAUUCAUUGAAUGUUCUGUAUAUAAAUAAAGUGAUAGUUAUUCUGACAUAAAUAGAUAGAAUCUCAGCAAACUUGUUCACGAAUUGUCUGAGUUGCUAUUUUGUAUCUACAGGUGGAAAAUGAAUAAAACAAAAUGGUAACUGGCAACACACACAAAUUCCACUUAUUCCUGUGAUCAUCAAUAAUCUUCUAUGUAAUUGCCAGAAUUGAAUUUUUCCCUUAACUGUGAUCAAGUUUUUCAUUUGUUUUCCAUUGUUUAUUCAAUUAUUUGGUAGUAAGUGUUGUCAGUGGGAUGUAAUUUUGAAAAUAAAAUUGGAAUUGCUACUUAAAUCACAACCAGAGAGACAGCAUCCUAUUGAUUUCAAUAAAUGGGUUGAAAGGAAGGCUUUAUUCAUUUCAUUUAACAACACAGAGUGAUAUCUGCUUAACAUAGUUACAUAUUCUGUAUGGUUUUUAUUCUCAGAAUGUUGACACUACCAGAGCUUCUGUGGACUGAGAAUACAGUUGAUAGUAGAAAAUUGUGGCAUUGGUGAUUUCAUUUUGAAUGUCAGUCUCAUGACACAUUCAGUUGAAAGUAGGUAAAGCAUAUACUCAACUGAAAAAUGGACCUCUGGUUAAUGAAUAUAUUACUAACACACAAACAUUUCCUGAAUUGCGUUCCUUUUGUUAGAAAUUCAUGUAACUUAUAACAUAGGCAGUGCACAUUACUGCAAUGUGUUUUGUCUGCUUGGACUCUUUACUUUAUGCUGUAGUGGUUACUUAGAGGAGGAGAAGUCUCUUGAUUUUUUCUCAGGACACUGUUACACAUUACUUUCUUUCACAUUUGUAGAGUCAGUUGGUUGGCUGUAUUUAGAAGCAUUCACAAUGUUGUCAGGAUGUUCUAUACAGAGUUUAAAAGUGCUAUUAAUGGCUGUGUGUGGAUAAAAUUGCCAUUUAAUUGGGAAGAUGGAUAUGUGGUGCAGUGUUUUAUGACUUUUGUAAUCAGGGUUACUUUCUUAAACAUGUGCUAUAGUGCAUAGCAUAUGUACAAGAAGUAAAUUAAGACUUUGUGGUCGACAUCAUGAUCAGCUACUCUUUUAAUAAACAACAUAUUGAUUGCAGUGUCCAUACUGUGGCAAGAGUAGGCACACGGUAGGUUAGGAAACGUGCUAACAAGAUUGUAUAAUAUUUUCUAUGCUUGGAUCUUCGUUUUCUAUUCAGGUUGUACAUUAAAGAGUUUUAUGCCUUUUAAAUCAACACGUGUGUGCUAUAUAUCUGUACCAACAAUGACUUCUGGCUAAUGUAUUUAUUUGUGUGUAUGUGCAGUUCAAAAAAUAGACUGUUGAGCAGCCAUAAACAUUGUUUUUGUUGCUAAGGUAAAUAUGUUAAAUAUUUAUGUUUGUCACCUGAAGACUUCAAAUUUUUUUAGAUGAUAGUUUUUACUAUCAGCUAAACUACUGCAUAAAUCUGUACAUUAAAUGUUGCAGUGUUAGGUUUUUAAUGUAAUUUUAUAAUCAUUGUAAAUAAACACUGUUCUGCUGUUCUUAUCUGGGAGCAGUAAUCCAUUAAGACUGUGAUUAGUGAUACUUUUAUGAGCAAUUGUUGUUUAAUGAUGUAUAUUGUGUUCCAUAUUGAUGACUGUAUUUUGAGGAUGUCAAUAAGAGAUGUGUGAUCAUUGUACAAAUUCUGGUAUGUGUUGUGCAACUGAUAUGAAUAGAAUGUGAUAUUCUGAGUGGAUGCUGUUUUGCGUGAAAGGACAAAUGAGAAUGUAAAACGAAACAAAAAAGAAAUUGAAAAAUUGGUAGCUCACAUGGUACAAAUUUUCUGCUUUGUGAAUGUUUUUAUCUGUAUAAAGUGAAUGAUUUGUUUUAAGACAUUUCCUUUAUUCUGUAAUGUGUGAACUGACAAUUUCUUUGACUAUCCUGUUGAAGAACUAUAUUAAUAAAAUGUGUUGUGUAAGGCACUCAACAUAAUAUAAUUUAAAGAGAGACUAAGAGGUGUUGACUAUUUGUUAGCUUUUGUUGACAUUUAUUGACUGAAAGAGGGCUGUUUUGAAGAUAAAUGCGAGUCAUUGGUCUGUCCCUGCUGUCUAGGGUUAUGUUUUCUAGAACAUCUGGGAAGGACUUGAUGCUGUCCUUAGUUCUAGAUUUAUAGAGCAAGAAAUCACUGAUAAAAUAGCUUGUUGUGCUAUGUGUAAUAUUUAUAUGGGUAAAAGUGAUAUUAGGUAUACAAAAAGUAUUUGGCUGUAAGCUAUAUUUAUCUAAGUUUUUGUCUCUAUAUGUACAUUUCUUAUAAUAAUUAUUUUUAUGAAAACAAUAUUAAAAGAGAACUAAACAAUAAAUCUUAGUGAUUCUUUUUAAUGUACAUACUCUGUGUAAUGCUAAGGUAGGGACGUCACAAAUACAUGUAAUAAAGAUUAGAAGCCCUGCCUUGUGGCACAAAUUUGUGAAAAUGUUCUUCAUAGCUGCUCAUGUUAGUGAGGCUGUAUAUACGCUGAAUGAUUAAAAGCUGUUAAUACAUUCA